AUGGCAACAUCAAAUUCGAAUUUUCGGCAUCUCCCCGUUGAAUUAAUGCAAGCGAUUGCAUUUCGCCUACCAGCAGAAGAUCUGUGCUCGUUUCGGUUGUCUUGUAAGAGCAUAUAUGAGAGCACUAUGUACACUUUCCGCUGUACAUUCUUCGAAAGGAUAGGGACAAACUUGUCCCUCAAAGGCCUUGAAAGGGUCGAAGCCAUAGCAAACGAUUCAGAGCUAGCACCGCAUGUUCGUUCCCUAACCGUGAAAUUUGUCGACGACUUCGAAGAUAGACUUGCAGAAGGCUUAAGGUGGAAUCGGCAUUCCUCCGGCUAUUUACUACUGGACGCAGAUGUUCAGAAAUGGGCUGAGGCUCUGCGUGGCCUGGUGAACUGCACGUCUUUUCACCUCAUUCGGAAGGGCUGGACUGAUAACGACACCUGCCUCGACCGCUUCACGUCCACUGAUAUUAUAACACUGAUUCUCAGUGCUAUCAUCGAGGCUCAUAUCCCCGUCCAAGAAUUCCUGGUUGAUUUCGUACCGCCAUGUGUCGGAGGAGCAAACGAACUCGAUUUAAGACGCCUUAAUGUGCCUGCUCUUUGGAAGCCAGAGUUCACCUCUGUUUGGGCCAGCUUGCAAGUUCUCCUGUUGAACUUUACAAUGGAAAAAAAUUGGAUUAUCGACUGGAUUGACCCAAUGGUGCGGCAUGCAACUGAUCUACGUAAAUUGACAAUCAAAUUCGAUGACGGUCGCGUAGCACGCGCAGUUAUUGAACAACUUUCCUCCCUCGGCACGACUUCGCAGCUGCAGGAACUCACCUUGAAUGGGGUGGCGAAAUCAAUAAUCAACCCAGCGAGCUUAAGCAAGCUAUUACACAACUAUCGGGACAGCCUUCGUGUCAUCAACAUAACUUAUGUACCUCUGGAGGACUCAGGCUGGAAAUCGACAUUGAAAAUGCUCAGCGAGUUUCCUGUACUCGAGAGCUUCUCAUUCGACAACCUGAGAGAAUUUCGGUAUGCUAUGCACUUUCCGGUUGCUUCUGGAAUCCCGACGGUAGAGCAGGGCACAGAGUUUGUUAUAUUCCGCCCUAGAAAACUAAGAGACCAAACCUGGAAUACCAGGGUCCGCUGCCGGGGACCCAAUGCAAAAGCUAUUCUUCAAAGACUUGCAGACUCAUUGGAGCCCCUCAUUUUCCCAAAACGAAACCUCGUAACCGUGUGA